CAGAAGUUUGUUUGUUUUUCUCACAGUUCGAAGUUGUGAUCCUAAAAUUACCAAUGUUUUUGUAAAUUUUAAAUACUUAUUUUAAGCUGUUUUGGAAUGAAAAUUUUAAGUUAACCACAAUUAAGGCAACGAAAAUGAUCAUUUGAAAAGGCUGCCACAGCCUGAAAAAAAGAAUACGCAACCAAAACAUAAAAGGGAAUAAAGCUAACGGGAUUUAUGAUCCCAACUCGUACUCACGCGGAGUAGGAAGAAGGAGAGAAGUGGACGGAGAAAGAGGAAGUAGAGGGGAGGAGCAAGUGGAACCAUGUCUAGCGAGGAGAUGCUAUAUGCGCAGGGGUCCAAGAUCUGGGUGCCCCAUGCGGAACAAGUGUGGGAAAGUGCCACCUUGGAGGAGAGCUACCGAAAGGGCGCCGGAUUCCUGAAGAUCUGCACCGAAUCCGGCAGUCUCAAGGAGGUCAAGCUUAAGGCAGAUGGCAGCGACCUGCCACCGCUGCGGAAUCCGGCCAUACUGGUGGGACAAAACGAUUUGACCACCUUGUCCUACCUGCAUGAGCCGGGGGUGUUGCACAAUCUGCGUGUCCGCUUCUGUGAGCGCCAGAUUAUCUACACUUAUUGCGGCAUCAUUCUGGUGGCCAUUAAUCCGUAUGCGGAAAUGCCGCUUUAUGGACCAAAUAUCAUUCGGGCGUAUCGGGGACAUGCCAUGGGCGAUCUGGAGCCUCACAUCUUUGCCCUGGCGGAGGAGGCGUACACGAAACUUGAGCGCGAGAACUGCAAUCUGAGUAUAAUUGUCAGUGGAGAGUCGGGUGCGGGAAAAACGGUGUCCGCCAAGUACGCCAUGAGGUAUUUCGCCGCUGUCGGAGGCUCCGAGUCUGAGACUCAGGUCGAGCGCAAGGUGCUGGCAUCUUCACCGAUCAUGGAGGCAUUUGGCAAUGCUAAGACGACCCGAAACGAUAACAGCUCCCGCUUCGGAAAGUUCACGAAGCUGCUUUUCCGGAAUCAGAUGGGCGUGAUGUACUUGCAGGGGGCCACCAUGCACACCUAUCUGUUGGAGAAGUCUCGGGUGGUGUACCAGGCGCAGGGAGAGCGGAACUAUCAUAUAUUCUAUCAGCUGUGCGCUGCGAGAUCGAAGUACCCGGAAUUGGUUCUAGACCACCAGGACAAGUUCCAAUUCCUAAACAUGGGCGGUGCUCCGGAUAUAGAUCGAGUUUCGGAUGCAGACCAAUUUAACGAAACCGUGCAGGCCAUGACUGUUCUGGGCUUUUCCAUUCAGCAAAUAGCUGACAUUGUUAAGAUUCUGGCAGGUAUUCUCCAUUUGGGUAACAUUCAGGUAUCCAAAAAGUUCAACGAGGGCAGCGAAGAAGAGGACACUGAUUCCUGCGAAAUAUUUCAUAACGACAUCCACCUGCAGAUCACCGGCGAUCUGCUACGGGUGAGCGCCGAGGAUCUGCGUCGGUGGCUUUUGAUGCGUAAGAUAGAGUCGGUCAAUGAAUAUGUGCUGAUACCGAAUAACAUUGAGGCGGCACAGGCGGCGCGAGACGCCCUGGCCAAGCACAUAUAUGCGAAGCUGUUCCAGUACAUCGUUGGUGUGCUAAACAAGAGCCUCAACAACGGUAGCAAGCAGUGCAGCUUCAUUGGCGUCCUCGAUAUCUACGGCUUCGAAACUUUCGAGGUGAACUCGUUCGAACAAUUUUGCAUAAACUAUGCAAAUGAAAAGCUCCAGCAACAGUUCAACCAGCAUGUCUUUAAGUUGGAGCAGGAGGAGUAUCUCAAGGAGGGCAUUACCUGGACAAUGAUUGACUUUUAUGACAAUCAGCCGUGCAUUGAUCUUAUUGAAUCUCGACUGGGAGUGUUAGACCUACUCGAUGAGGAGUGUAGAAUGCCUAAAGGUUCGGAUGAGAGCUGGGCUGGCAAGCUCAUCGGAAAGUGUAGUAAAUUUCCGCAUUUCGAGAAGCCACGCUUUGGCACCACAAGCUUCUUUAUCAAACAUUUCUCGGACACGGUUGAGUAUGACGUGAACGGAUUCUUGGAAAAGAAUCGUGACACAGUCUCCAAGGAGCUGACCCAAGUGCUAGGCGAAUCCAAUAUGUCCCUGGUCAAGCAGGUUAUGACCCUCGAGGAAAUCGACACUUUGAGCGUGGAUGCUGCCAAAUCGUCUACUUUGGGCGGUCGUGUCGUGAUCAGUGCUGGCCGCAAACAGCAAGGGAAUGACACCCGUCGAAGAGUGGUACCAUCCAAGCAGCAUAGAAAGACUGUGGGAUCGCAGUUCCAGGAAAGUCUGUCCUCGUUGAUCUCAACAUUGCAUGCUACAACGCCGCACUAUGUGCGCUGCAUAAAGCCCAACGAUGACAAGAUUGCCUUUAAAUGGGAAACGGCCAAGAUCAUCCAGCAGCUGAGAGCCUGCGGCGUCUUGGAAACGGUUCGCAUUUCGGCGGCGGGAUUCCCUUCGAGGUGGCUCUAUCCCGACUUCUACAUGCGGUACCAGCUACUGGUAUACCGUUCUAAGCUCGACAAAAACGACAUGAAGCAGUCAUGCCGCAACAUUGUGAUGAAGUGGAUCCAGGACGAGGAUAAGUACCGAUUUGGCAACACGCAGAUCUUCUUUCGCGCCGGCCAAGUGGCUUUUCUUGAACAGGUGCGAGCAAAUCUGCGAAAGAAGUACAUAACCAUUGUGCAAUCGGUCGUGCGACGAUUCAUCUACCGGCGGCGAUUCCUUCGCAUCCAAAUGGUAAUCCAUGGAAUCCAGAUGCAUGCUCGAGGCUUCCUGGCCCGCCAGCGGGUCCAGAAAAUGCGUGAGGCUCGGGCGGGGUUGAUCUUGUCUAAAUACGCUAGAGGUUGGUUAUGCCGUCGUCGUUAUUUGCGCCUCCGCCACUCCAUUUUUGGCAUACAGACCUAUGCCCGUGGCAUGAUGGCCCGUAGCAAGUUUCAUGCAAUGCGGGAUCACUACCGGGCAGUUCAAAUCCAGCGUUUCGUUCGUGGAGCUCUGGCACGGCGUGCUUAUCAAAAGCGGCGGCGAAACAUCAUUAUUUGCCAGGCGGCAAUUCGCAGGUUUUUGGCCCGCCGUAAGUUUAAACGCAUGAAGGCCGAGGCUAAGACCAUCUCGCACAUGGAGAACAAGUACAUGGGGUUGGAAAAUAAGAUUAUAUCAAUGCAGCAGCGAAUCGAUGAGCUAAAUCGCGACAACAGCAACCUGAAGCACAAGACCAGCGAGAUCAGCGUGUUAAAAAUGAAACUUGAAUUAAAAAAGACCCUAGAGGGCGAAUUCAAAAAUGUUAAGGCCGCCUGCCAGGACAAGGACAAGCUGAUCGAAGCACUUAACAAACAGCUGGAGGCGGAGCGGGAUGAAAAGAUGCAGUUACUCGAGGAAAACGGUCAUGCGCAGGAGGAGUGGCUCAGCCAGAAGCAGACGUGGCGCCAAGAAAACGAGGAAUUGCGCCGCCAGAUUGACGAGAUUAUUGAGAUGGCAAAGAAUGCAGAGGUUAGCCAGCGUACUCAAGAGGACCGGAUGCUAGCCGAGAUCGACAACAGGGAGCUAAACGAGGCCUACCAGCGAGCGAUCAAGGAUAAAGAAGUGAUCGAGAACGAGAACUACAUGCUAAAAGAGGAGCUCAGUAGGCUCACGGCCGGCAGUUUUACUUUGCACGGACGCAAGGCUAGCAACGCCUCUAGUCAAAACGAGGACGAUGUGGGUUAUGCCUCGGCCAAAAACACCCUGGAUAUAAAUCGGCCUCCGGAUCUGCUAAGUAAAAAUUAUCCGUACAACGACUUCACAAGUCUGGUUGUUAAACUGAGAGCCAUUCUAGAGGAGGAGAAGCAGAAGCACAAGAACUUGCAGGGGCAAUAUAUAAAACUGGCCAACCGCAACAAGCCCACCGAGGAUUCGUUCCGCGUCUCCGAGCUUGAGGUAGAGAACGAAAAACUGCGUAGCGAGUACGAUCAGCUGCGAACGAGCAUUAAACACGGUGUUGAGAUCAACGAGCUCAAUGCCCAGCAUGCAGCCCUGCAGGAAGAGGUCCGUAGACGCCGCGAGGAGUGCAUUCAAUUGAAGGCGGUCUUGUUGCAGCAAAGCCAGUCCAUGAGAUCUCUAGAACCGGAGAGUUUACAGUUCCGGGGAAACGACGUCAACGAGCUGAUGGAGGCCUUCCAGUCCCAGAAGCUCAUCAAUCGUCAACUGGAGUCCGAGCUCAAGGCCAUCACUGAAGAGCACAACAGCAAACUAGUGGAGAUGACGCAGGAUAUUGAGAGAUUAAACAUUGAAAAGGAUGAGCUGCAGAAGGUAAUCUUCGAGAGCAUUGAUGAGUUCGAGGAACCCAAUUUGGAGACUCUGAGGCAAAAUGAUCGUUAUCUGCGGCGUGAACUGCAGAAGGCUGUAGCCCAGUACCUACUCGUACAGGAGGAGUUGAAGUUGGCGAAUGCCAAGCUAAACGCUUACAGACAAGAUGGAGGCCAACUGGAACACAAGCUUGAGGAAGAGAUGAGCCGUAACAAGGCCAACGGAAUGUCCAACGAUGUCGGCGCUAAUGUCACCAAGCAAAAGUCGCAAAAUCCACAAGGUCUCAUGAAGUUCCACAGCAGCGAUCUGGACAAGAUUUUGCAGCGCCUACUAAGCGCCUUGACCCCACGUACAGUUGUUGGUCUUCUCCCUGGUUUCCCAGCCUAUCUCAUCUUUAUGUGUAUUCGAUAUACCGAUCUUACCAAUGCCGAUGAUGACGUGCGCGAGUUGCUGAGCAAGUUUGUGAUACAGAUAAAGAAAAUGCACCGCACGCCGCAUCCUAUUGAGAACCGCGUUAUUUGGCUGGUUAACUCCAUUACGCUGUUGAAUCUUAUGAAGCAAUACGGGGACGUGGAGGAGUACGUGAAGUUUAACACUGAGAAGCAAAAUCAGCAGCAGCUGAAGAAUUUCAAUCUUUUCGAGUACCGUCGCGUAAUUCUCGAUCUGAUAGUAAAUCUAUACCAAGCGCUAAUUAUGCAGAUUCAGGGUCUGUUAGACCCAAAAAUAGUGCCUGCGAUUCUUAAUAACGAUGAGAUUCAGCGCGGACGGCAGGCGCACGGGAUGCGUAGUCGGACUACAUCCAUUGGAGCUUCUUCAUCGCCGGAGCACGGCGGUGGUCCGGCAUGGAAGCAACUGAUCGGACAGCUAGAUCACUUCUAUAAGCAGUUCCAACACUUUGGCUUAAACAAUUGCUAUGCGGAGCAGAUAUUCCACCAACUGCUUUACUUCAUUUGUGCGGUAGCUCUUAAUUGUCUGAUGCUAAGGGGCGACAUUUGCAUGUGGGAGACGGGCAUGAUAAUCCGUUAUAAUAUUGGUUGCAUUGAGGAUUGGGUGCGCAGUAAAAAGAUGUCGAACGACGUGUUAGCACCGUUGGCGCCUCUAAAUCAGGUGUCGCAGCUGCUGCAGUCCCGGAAAAGCGAGCAGGAUGUUCAAACAAUUUGUGAUCUUUGCACAUCACUAAGCACGGCUCAGGUUCUAAAGGUGAUGAAGUCUUAUAAACUUGAUGACUACGAGAGUGAAAUAACGAAUGUCUUUCUGGAGAAGCUUACCAAGGAACUCAAUGCCCGGCAAAUGCAAAAGAGCAAUAGCGACGAAUUUACCAUUGACCAGAAGUUUAUUCAGCCCUUCAAAGUGGUCUUUAAGUAUAGUGAAAUCAAACUGGAAGAUAUUGAUUUGCCGUCGCAUUUAAACCUGGAUGAGUUUCUCACAAAGAUUUGAGCAUCGACUACCCCACGACUAUACCUAUUGUUAAUCGAGAACGUUGCCAUUUGGGAUGAUGUGACUCCGCUUUCUUUUUGUGUAUUAUACGAGUAUAACGAUUGUAGAAAUGAUUAUUGUCCUUAUAUUUAGAGAAUCUAUUAGAUAAUGAAACAAUGCUUAGAGCAGUUUUGCCGAAAUGUGCUUUAGUUCCUGUUUAGUUUAAAUUAGCCUCUUGUUUCCAUUCCGUUUAAAUCCAUUUCAAAUAUCCAAUGGCACCCAUCCCAAGUUGCCAAGUUUAGUUUUUUGUUGUACGAACUAUUUGUAGCAAAGCAAUGGAAGGUUAAGAACCAACCUUUAUAUGUGAAAUGCAAUAAGUACCGGGAGUUAGACUCCUGUCAUAAAAUGAGCAUUCCUUGCCUGAACCUUGUACCUUAGAACAUAAUUAUAUUUAUACAAUGAAUGUACUUAAACAGGCAGAUUUGUUGCCUAAAAAGCUUGUAACACCGAAACUACAGAUGAUAGACUAAGAAGACAGAAGCAAUGCUGUUUCAUUCCAUCGAUUUAUGUAUUCUCAUUUUCUGUGUAGCUUGUAACUUGUAAUUUCUAUUUUCUCGGCCAUGUUAGAAGACUUUAAAAAAGAUUAGCAAACCUAAAAUACGUUGGCAUUUGUUUAAAACAUUCUAAGCAAUUUAUCUAAAGAUAUAAAUAUAUAUUAACAAAUCAA